AUGACUUCGGCACUUUUUUCGGAGUUCUCCGCUCACAGAGCCACGAGACCAGCGUGUCCCAUUGUUUACACACGGGAGCAGCUUCUCGGACUUAGAGACUCCGCUUUCCGGCACCCAGAGAAGCCGGUGAUCCCCUUGGAGAUCCGUAGGAGACGCAGGGGCUCCAGAGGAGGCCAAAAGAGAAAGAGGAGACCGUAUCUCCCCUCCAUCAUCAUGGGGAACGUACGGUCCAUCUCUAAUAAGACUGAGGAGCUGACCGCACUGGUCCGCCAUCAUAAAGAGUACAGACAAUGUGGACUUAUGUGUUUCUCUGAGACGUGGCUGUGUGGGAAUAUACCGGACUCUGUGGUCGCGCUGGAGGGAUUUAAACUUGUGCGAGCGGACCGCUGCGCGGAGGGGAGUGGGAAGAGCAAAGGCGGGGGUGUUGCGAUCUACGUGAACGAGCAGUGGUGCAUCCCGACGCACGUGCAUGUGGUCCAGCGUACAUGCACACGGGACCUGGAGCUGCUCGCUGUGAGCAUGAGACCCAGGUAUCUGCCGCGGGAGUUUUCACACACCGUGGUUCUAUGUGUCUACAUCCCCCCGUCAGCAGACGCAGCCACAGCAUGUGAGGAGAUGCACAGAACUGUGACCCAGAUCCAGACCCGCAGUCCCCGCGCUCUGAUUCUGAUCAGCGGAGACUUUAACCACGCCUCCCUCUCCGCCACUCUCCCGAAAUUCAAACAGUAUGUCACGUGCCCAACUCGUGGCAAUAAGACUCUGGACCUACUGUAUGUUAAUGUCCGGGACGCAUACACCUCCUCCCCCCUCCCCCCUCUCGGACGCUCUGAUCACAGCCAGGUCCGUCUGUCUCCGGAAUACACACCAGUGGUGAGAAGAAAUCCAGCGCAGAAGAGGAUUGUAAAAGUGUGGAGCGAUGAUGUGGAUGAGAUGCUGAGAGAUUGUUUUCAAAACACUGAUUGGGAAAUGAUCUGCAGCUCUCAUGGUGAGGACAUCGAGAGCCUGACACACUGCAUUACAGACUACAUUCUCUUCUGUGUGGAUAACACUGUACCAACUAAGAAGGUGCGGUGCUUUUCUAACAACCACCCAUGGGUGACCCCUGAGCUUAAAGCCCUCCUGAACCUCAAGAAAAGGGCUUUCAUCUCAGGGGACAGGGAGGAGCAGAAGAGGAUCCAGCACGAGCUCCAGUGGAGGAUCAGGAGGGCCAAGAAGGACUACGGGAAAAAGCUGGAGCAGAAGCUGGCCCAGGGAAACGCCCGCGACGUGUGGAGAGGCCUAAAGAACAUCUCCGGCUUUGGACAGAGUGCUAGAGGAACAGCAGAUGGAGACCAGCACCGGGCGGACGAAUUUAACCAGCACUUCAACCGGUUUGAUUCUCCCCCCUCUCCAUCUGCCCCCCCUCCCGCCCCCACCUCUUCACACGUCCCCAGCCCAGUGGACACCGCCCAGUGGACACUGCCUCCGGCUGCCCCGGGCCCUCCUGCCCCCGCAUCCCCAGCCCCCACCUCGGACAGACCGGACGGGAUCAGUCCCAGGCUGCUGAGGACCUGUGCAGACCAGCUCUCUGGGGUCCUCAGCUACAUGUACAACCUGAGCCUCAGCCUGGAGAAGGUCCCUGUCCUGUGGAAGACCUCCUGUGUGAUCCCGGUUCCAAAAACAGCACACGCCAAGGAACCGGCUCACUACAGACCAGUCGCACUGACCUCCCACCUGAUGAAGACAAUGGAGCGGCUCAUCCUCACCCAUCUCCGCUCCGUGGUCAGCCCCACCCUGGACCCGCUGCAGUUCGCCUACAGACCCAACAUCGGAGUAGAGGACGCCGUCAUCUACUUCCUGCAGCGGACGCUCUCCCACCUGGAGCCCGCCGGGAGCGCUGUGAGGGUCAUGUUUUUCGACUUCUCCAGCGCUUUCAAUACCAUCAGGCCGGCACUGCUGCGGGGGAAGAUGGAGGACGCGGGAGUGGACAGUAGCCUCACUGCAUGGACCAUCAACUACCUCUCAGACCGACCACAGUACGUGCGGCUGCGCAGCUGUGAGUCUGAGGUGGUCGUCUGCAGCACUGGGGCCCCUCAGGGCACUGUCCUCUCACCGUUUCUCUUCACCAUCUACACCUCAGACUUCACACACGACACACACAGCUGUCACCUUCAGAAGUUCUCCGACGACUCCGCCAUCGUGGGCUGUGUGUCUGAGGGGAACGAACUGGAAUAUCGGUCGGUUAUCAAGGACUUUGUCGACUGGUGUGAGCGCAACCACUUGUGCUUGAACACCAGUAAGACCAAGGAGAUGGUCAUCGACUUCAGGAGAAAACCACUUUCCCACACGCUGCUGAACAUCCAGGGGGAGGACAUUGAGCUGGUGGACAGCUUCAAGUACCUGGGUGUUCACAUUAACAAUAAACUGGACUGGUCCCAUAAUACAAACGCCCUGCACAAGAAGGGCCAAAGUCGCCUCUUCCUUCUGAGGAGGCUGAGGUCCUUCGGACUUCUGCCAUUUACUACGCUGCCGUGUGCUGGGCCCCGGGCAGCACAGAGCGGGACAGAAACAGACUGA